AUGAUAAAUUUAUCACCAAAUUGGUAUUUUACUUUUCAUGAAUGGAUUUCUUCAAAUUAUACACUUGAUCAUCAAUCUUUACAAUGUUUAAAUCAAUAUUUAAUUUUAUUGAUAGAACUUCAACGUAAAAAAUAUGAAUUUACUACAAAAUAUUAUAAUUUAAUUCAAGAACAUGUUGAAGAAAUUAAAAAUGAAAAUUAUUUUAAAAAUCAUCAAAAAUUUCAAAAAUUUAAAGAAAUUCAAUUUAUUGAAUUAUUAAAAUUUAUUUUAAUUGAAAUAAAAGAUCAAAUUGAAUUUGGAGAAAAGUUGAGAAUUGAAAGAUAUAUUAAAGAAGAAUUAAAAGAGAAUGGAUUAAAGAGAAAUGAUGAAUAUUUUGGAAAUACGUCAGAUGAUGGAGAAAUUAUUGAAUUUGAUGAUGAUGGAGAAGGAGAUUUUAAUGAUACUUUUAAAAAUAAUAUGAAAAGAUCGACUUUAACGAGUCUUUAUUCAAGAGAUUCAACAAUUUCAACAAGAAGUUCAUUAUCAAUAUUUUCUAUAAAUUAUUCUUCAAGAUUACAAUUUUAUCCAAAGAGAACAUUUGAUUAUUUAAAUGAUUAUGAAGAUAAUUUAUAUAAAUUAAUACUUAAAAAACAACUUGAAAUCAUUUAUCAAGUGGGAGAUGUUAAUAAAAAUAUUGAAUCAUUAAAAAUAUUAUUAUUAAAACAUGAUCCAUUUACAAAACAAGAUGCUUCAUUAUUUUUAAUAAUAAUUUAUUCAACUUUUCAACUUUUAGAAAAAUUAAAGAAAUUUGAUAUUACAAUAAAUAUUGAAAAUUGGGAAUUAAUAAUAGAUUUAAUUUAUAAUUUGGAAAUUUUCAUGAAAAGGAUAAAACAUAUUACUUUAAAUUUGGCCAAUCGUAAAAUUGACGAUUCCGAUAAAUUGAUCAUAAUUAAAUUUUUUUUAUAUUCGAUUAUAAUUAUAAUUUUUCAAUUAUAUUUCUUAAGUUCAUUUAUAAUUGUUUGUUCCCCUUAUUAG